AUGGAGCGCAAGAUGGGACCGGCUGCUGAGCCGAUGCAUGUCGACCGGAAGCUGCUCUAUACAAGUUUGGAAGAGCGAAUCAAGUACCUCCAUGACUUCCUGGACUUCAACUCCGCUGAUAUCGAAGCACUGAUGACUGGCAACAAAUACAUCAAGCAAUUGAUCCCGGCAGUGGUCAACCUGGUAUAUAAAAAGCUUCUCCAAUACGACAUCACAUCUCGGGCCUUCCACACACGGACAACAGUCGACGAGAACGAGCCCGAGGAGGAAUAUCUCCACGAAGAGACACCGAAGAUCCAGCGACGCAAGAUGUUCCUGCGGUGGUAUCUGACUCGCCUAUGCCAGGACCCGACCACAAUGGACUUCUGGCGGUACUUGAACAAGGUUGGCAUGAUGCACAGCGGACAAGGACGCAUGACACCAUUGAACAUCGAGUACAUCCACCUCGGCGCAUGCCUGGGGUACAUUCAAGACAUCUGGAUCGAAGCGAUGCUGUCGCACCCGCACCUAUCGCUGCGACGCAAGAUCGCGCUCGUCCGCGCCGUCAAUAAGAUACUCUGGAUCCAGAACGAUCUCUUCGCCCGGUACCACUCGAGCGACGGCGAUGAGUUUGCGGACGAGAUGUCUGAGUUCAAUUACACUGAGGACCAGGAGGGAUAUCUCGGUGACAAGCGCAUUCUUGGCAGCAGCUCCGGUAGCUCAACCGAGGAUGACAGGUCCAGUAUUUCUAGUGGUGUGGCGCCUUCUAUAGCGCCGUCGACCACAUCCAAGGUGUCCGCGUGUCCUUUCGCGGACAUGGGCAAAAACAGUUCGACUGAGACGAGAAUUUGGGCCAAUUGA